AUGCAUCCAAUUCUUCAUCGCACACACGUCGCGGUGCGUGCAGCUGCUGACGGCGAUGGCGGAGUCGAUUACACCGCCUCAGCCGAGGCGGUCGACAUGGCGGCGGAAACAGCCAGCUCGUCGUCACAAGGAUCACCCGCCGCUGAGCCCAAGGUGCGCACCAAAACCUCCAGUAGCAGCAGCAGCAGCGGCGGAGGAAGCAGCGGUAGCGGGGGGUCAUCCGCGCUGGAUAAGCUCCGCGAGCUGCUGCGCGCGGCGGAGGCGGAGCUGGAAAAGGCGUGCGCGCGGACCGUAGAGACGGAGGAGGAGGCGCGCAGGGUGGCGGAACGCGCCAUAGAGAUCUCCGACGCCGCCGCCAAAGCGGAAGCUGCCGCGGAUGCCGCGAUGGCGCAGGUGGAGGCGGAGCUGGCGGAGGAGGCGCAGGCGCAGGAUGCGCUGCGGCAGGCUGACGUGGCGUUUCACGAGCAGGCGGAGGUGCUGGUGGCGGCGGAGGCGCAGCAACAGGCGGUGGAGGCGGGGAUGGCGGGGAUGGCGGAACAGGGGGUUCAGGAGGGGGAGAGCUUGCGGUCGGGCGUGGUUAAUUUGGUGCAGGAGGUGCGGGAGGAGCUUGCGCGGCGGGAGGCGGAGCUGAGGACGCGGACGGAGGCAGCCGCGCAAGCGACUGGAAGGCGCGUGAGGGCGCAGGAGGAGGCGUCCGCGCUGGUGGCAGCGGCGGGGGAGGCACGGGCGCGUGCGGGGCAGGCGGAGGAGGAGGUGGGGGAGCGCAUGGGCGUGGCGGAGAGGGCGGUGGCGUUCGAGCUGGAGGCGAGCCAGAGCGUGGCGGAGGCCGCCAAGGCGCUGGCGAGGGCGGAGAAACUGGUUACUGAUAUCGCCAAGGCGGAGGCGGAGGCAGCAAAGCUAGCCGCGGAGAAGGCGACGCUGCUGGCGAGCGAGGUGGCGGGCGUGUCAGCCGCGCUGCGCGCCACAGUGAAGGGCGGACGGGCUGCUGCUGGCAUGCCCACCACCGACUCUGAUAGCGACUCCGACAGAGACUCUGAUAAGGACUCUGAGAAGGACGUGGAUAGUGACGCGGGUAGUAAGUUGGAUAGGGCGCCUGAUUGGGCAGGAGAGGGUGUGAAGGAAGGGGAGACGAGGGAGGAUGUGGGAGGGGUCGUUGCAGAGGCGGUGGGGAAGGCAGAGGAUAAGGGGAAGAAGGGGGUGAAGGCUGGAGCGGAGGAGGCAGCAGGGGAGGAGCGAGGGGUCGGGCGAAGUGCGGUGGUUGAUGAGGGAGGGAAGGACGUGCGGAAGGAUGGGGUUAAGGAUGGCUUGAAGGAGGGGGGGAUAAAGGGAAGAGGGGAGGCUGAUCUGGGACCUAGCGCCCCUGCAGACACUGCUGCUGGGGAUGCGAUCAAGGGUGAUUCAGGGGAGGCGGGAGCUGGGGAAGAGGAGGAACUCACUGCUGUUGCCGCGUCAGCAGCAGCAGUCCCCGGCUCAGAUGAAGCCUCUCCUGCUGCUGGCCCAUCUUCCAAGUCACCCUCAUCCUCCUCAUCCUCUUCCUCCUCUUCCUCCUCAUCCUCCUCUUCCUCCUCCUCCUCUGCAUCCCCCACCAAGAAGUCAUCGCAGUUCUUCUCAGCGUCAUUCUUCUCGGCGGACGGCCAUGAGGUGGAGGAUGCACUCAAGUGGGUGCGAUCAGCGCUGCCCUCGCUGCUGCGCCAUCUGCCCAAGCUCAUUCUCGCACUCACCGUGCUCCUCCUCGGAGGCGUGGCACUCAAAGCGCGCAUGGCGCACAGGGCAGGAGGGCACGCACCUCCCACCACAGUCGUGCAGAUGGACGGCGUACAGGGAAGGGUACUGGCUGGGGCUGCAGGGGACGCCACCGUGCAGGAAGCAGCGGCACUAGGGUCAGCAGUUGGGGCAGUGGGGCAGCAGCAGCAGGUACAAGGGCCGGUUGCCAGGGGUAACCCGGUAGUGUCGGCAGUACAGGCGGUGGUGGGGCGAGCCAAGGCGCUCAUUGACAAACUGCCCCGACACGAGUCGACUCAAAAGUCUUUCCUGCCACGCCUCUGUCUCUGCCCCUGUCCCUGCACUGCAUGCUCAUCCUUCCUUUUGAGUCGACUCAAAAUUCUGCCCCUGUCCCUGCACUGCAUGCUCAUCCUUCCUUUUGAGUCGACUCAAAAUUCUGCCCCUGUCCCUGCACUGCAUGCUCAUCCUUCCACUCCCGUGUUCCUCCUCUCUCCCCCCCUCCCUCCUUCCCUCCCUCUCCCCCCAACCCUCCACCAGCCGAACGAGGAGGAGACGCAGCUGUUUGACGUGCUGUGGCUGCUGCUGGCCAGUGUCGUCUUCGUCCCCAUCUUCCAGAAGCUGCCCGGAGGUACUCUCCCUCCCGCCACCCAUGCUGUCAUGCUAAUGCUGACUUGCAUGCUGACAUACAUGCUGACAUCCAUGCUGACAUCCAUGCUGACAUCCAUGCUGCCACCUGUACCUCUCUCCCUCAUACCUCUCUCCCUCCUUAUCUCUCUCCUGCCCUCUCUCCCUCCUACCCCCCUCCCUUCUACCCCCUCCAUUCUACCCCUCUCCUUCCUAACCCUCCCUCCCAACACCACAGGCAGCCCCGUGCUGGGGUACUUGGCAGCGGGCGCGCUCAUCGGCCCGUAUGCGCUGUCAAUCAUAAAGCACGUGCACGGCACCAAGGCUCAUUGCUACCUCCCCGCUCUCUCCCUCCCACCUCUUGCCUGUCACGCAGGCAGCCCCGUGCUGGGUUACCUGGCAGCGGGCGCGCUCAUCGGACCGUACGCGCUGUCAAUCAUAAAGCAUGUGCACGGCACCAAGGCUCAUUGCUACCUCCCCGCUCUCUCCCUCCCACCUCUUGCCUGUCACACAGGCAGCCCCGUGCUGGGUUACCUGGCAGCGGGCGCGCUCAUCGGACCGUACGCGCUGUCAAUCAUAAAGCAUGUGCACGGCACCAAGGCCCUCGCAGAGUUUGGCGUGGUGUUCCUCAUGUUCAACAUCGGCCUCGAGCUGUCGCUGGAGCGCCUGCGCUCCAUGCGCAAAUACGUCUUUGGGCUCGGCUCUGCUCAGGUGCUGGUGUCAGCGCUGGCGAUAGGGCUGUGUGUGCUGGCAGUGGCGCGUGUGUCGGGCCCAGCAGCCAUUGUCAUUGGCAACGGCCUUGCCCUCUCCUCCACCGCCGUUGUCCUCCAGGUGUUGCAAGAGCGAGGGGAGAGCACGUCGCGCCAUGGGCGAGCCACCUUCUCCGUGCUGCUCUUCCAGGAUCUAGCAGUGGUGGUGCUGCUCAUCCUCAUUCCGCUUCUCUCCCCCAACUCCACCGGAGGGUGCCACUCUCCACCUCUCCUCUCCGCCACCAAUCAGGCUCUUCCCUAUCCUUGUUCAUUCAAUGUGCACCAGGGCGUGGGCUUCAGGGCGAUAGCGGAGGCGCUGGGGAUGGCGGCAGUGAAGGCUGUCAUCGCCAUCGCAGGCAUCAUUGCGGGCGGCCGACUGGUGCGUCCUGCUGCUUGGGGUUGGGGUAGGCGGGUGGGUGCUGCUUUUGGAGGUUGGGUUGGGGCUGGCUGGCUGAUGGGUGCUGCUGCUGGGGGUGGCGGCAGUGAAGGCUCUGCUGCCCCCCAUGUACUGCAGCAUGGCGGAGAAUCACAAUGCGGAGAUCUUAAACCCCAUGCACCCCCUCUCAUCCCCUCUCACCGCCUCACACCCCACCCCUCCAUCCCUCCCCAGCUGCUGCGCCCCAUAUACCGCAGCAUGGCGGAGAAUCACAACGCGGAGAUCUUUGCCGCCAACACACUGCUCGUGGUGCUCGGCACCUCCGUGCUCACUGCCCGGGCGGGGCUGUCCAUGGCGCUGGGAGCGUUCCUGGCGGGCCUGCUGCUCUCAGAGACCGAGUUCGCCCUGCAGGUGGAGUCAGACAUCAACCCCUACCGCGGGCUGCUGCUGGGCCUCUUCUUCAUGACUGUACGUCGCACACUUGCACUUGAGAGUCGACUCAAAAGUCACCUCUUCUUCAUGACUGUGGGCAUGUCAAUCGAUCCCAAGCUGCUGGUGGCGCGUUUCCCGCUCAUCCUGGCAGCGCUCGCAGUUCUGAUAGUGGGCAAGACGGCUCUGCUGGCGGGCAUGGGGCGCCUCUUUGGCCUCUCCCCUGUCGCUGCUGUGCGCACGGGCCUGCUGCUUGCGCCUGGAGGGGAGUUCGCGUUUGUUGCCUUUGGGGAGGCUGUUACCAAGGCUGUGAGCAAAGGUGCGGGGUUUGGGGAGGCUGUGAGCAAAGGUGCGGGGUUUGGGGAGGCUGUGAGCAAAGGUGCGGGGUUUUGGGAGGCUGUGAGCAAAGGUGCGGGGUUUGGGGAGGCUGUGAGCAAAGGUGCGGGGUUUGGGGAGGCUGUGAGCAAAGGUGCGGGGUUUGGGGAGGCUGUGAGCAAAGGUGCGGGGUUUGGGGAGGCUGUGAGCAAAGGUGCGGGGUUUGGGGAGGCUGUGAGCAAAGGUGCGGGGUUUGGGGAGGCUGUGAGCAAAGGUGCGGGGUUUGGGGAGGCUGUGAGCAAAGGUGCGGGGUUUGGGGAGGCUGUGAGCAAAGGUGCGGGGUUUGGGGAGGCUGUGAGCAAAGGUGCGGGGUUUGGGGAGGCUGUGAGCAAAGGUGCGGGGUUUGGGGAGGCUGUGAGCAAAGGUGCGGGGUUUGGGGAGGCUGUGAGCAAAGGUGCGGGGUUUGGGGAGGCUGUGAGCAAAGGUGCGGGGUUUGGGGAGGCUGUGAGCAAAGGUGCGGGGUUUGGGGAGGCUGUGAGCAAAGGUGCGGGGUUUGGGGAGGCUGUGAGCAAAGGUGCGGGGUUUGGGGAGGCUGUGAGCAAAGGUGCGGGGUUUGGGGAGGCUGUGAGCAAAGGUGCGGGGUUUGGGGAGGCUGUGAGCAAAGGUGCGGGGUUUGGGGAGGCUGUGAGCAAAGGUGCGGGGUUUGGGGAGGCUGUGAGCAAAGGUGUGGGGUUUGGGGAGGCUGUGAGCAAAGGUGCGGGGUUUGGGGAGGCUGUGAGCAAAGGUGCGGGGUUUGGGGAGGCUGUGAGCAAAGGUGCGGGGUUUGGGGAGGCUGUGAGCAAAGGUGCGGGGUUUGGGGAGGCUGUGAGCAAAGGUGCGGGGUUUGGGGAGGCUGUGAGCAAAGGUGCGGGGUUUGGGGAGGCUGUGAGCAAAGGUGCGGGGUUUGGGGAGGCUGGCAUCAUGAGCGCGCAGCUGUGCUCGCUGCUCUUCAUAGUGGUGGGGCUUAGCAUGGCCAUCACGCCAUGGCUCGCAGCGGUGGGACAGCUCAUCGCCUCGCGCUUUGACCAGCAGGACGUGCGCUCGCUGCAGCCACACGAGGCCGAGACGGACGAUCUGCAGGGCCACAUUAUCAUCUGUGGCUUCGGCCGUGUGGGUCAGAUCAUAGGCCAGCUGCUGUCGGAGCGCCUGAUCCCCUUUGUGGCGCUGGACGUGAGCAGUGACCGUGUGAGCGCGGGGCGCUCCCUCGACCUGCCCGUCUACUUCGGCGAUGCUGGCAGCCGCGAUGUGUUGCACAAGGUGGGGGCAGAGAGGGCAGCAGCAGCAGUGAUCACACUGGACACGCCAGGAGCCAACUACCGCGCCGUGUGGGCGCUCAGCAAGAGCUUUCCACACGUGAAGACGUUUGUGCGAGCUCACGACGUGACCCAUGGGAUCAAUCUUGAGAAAGCUGGCGCCACGGCUGUGGUUCCUGAGACGCUGGAGCCCAGCCUGCAACUCGCUGCUGCUGUGCUCGCACAGGCGAAGCUGCCAGCAGCGGAGAUAGCCGCCACGCUGGACGACUUCAGAACGCGACACCUGGCAGAGCUGACGGAGCUAUCCGCACUGAGUGGGUCAUCGCUGGGCUAUGGCUACUCCAGCAACCUCAUGCGAGCCAGGGUCGCCGAGGCAGCAGGUGUGGCCGAAGCAGCAGGGAGCGGCAGCGGGUCUCCCACAGCCACGACCACAACCACCAGUAGCAGCAGUAGUGUGACAGAGGGGGAGGGAGGCAUGGAAGGGCAGGUUGUGGUGCCGGCUUGA